AUGAAAAUUCAUGUUUAUGGGUUGAUUACCUCUUCUCUUGCUCUAAAAUUGGCUAAUUGUUCAACAAUAGAGGAAAAUAAAAGCUGUAAGGCAGCUCUCUUUGGCACAAUGAUCAAUGGAGACAUUUUCUUUGAUAAUUUUGGGGCUAGCGGCAAAUACUUGAAUGAACUUGGGAGUUACUCUUUUUGUGAGCAAGCUAGUAAUAAUUCCUAUUACUACUCACUACAAAUAUUGGAGACAGUUGAGCCUAUAAAUUAUUAUAUGGUUGGCAAAUGUAUGAUGAAAGAGUGCCCCACCGAAUACAUUAAAGUAUUUGACUAAAUAGCUUACUUGAGUCCUUUGUCUGAAAAAAUGAAUUAAGCAGUAUCCAAUUCCUAUAAAAAACCCUCUGAUGAUUUAUAAUAAUUAUAAGAUAGCUUUGCACCUGGGUACUAUGUAAUGUGGGGUUUAUUUAUUUCAACGAUCUUACUCUCAAUACUUGGUGUCCUAGUCUAAUACACUUCAUUUGGAGACAUCUAGAAUAAAUCUCAUAAUUUUUAAGUCAAGUUUUCUGAGAAAGAAGGCAAACAAUAAUACAUUGAAUUACUAUCCCAGAUUGACAGACUUAUUUUAAAUCGCAAAAAAAUCUGGGCUAUAUUCUUAUUAUGCUUUAGCAUUCCUAGAAAUCUCACAAGUUUAUUCUAUGAUCUUGAUAAUGCAAAAAAGGUUAGUUACAUGAGAGCUUUAAAAGUAUUUGGAUUCAUCUGGAUAAGCUUUAAUUUCGUUUUGGGUAUUGCAUUCAAAGCUUUUCCUUAAAACUAAGGUGACUAUCCAGAAGUGACAACGAAUUUCUUCAGUGUGAUCUUAUUACAAGGUUAAAUUUAUGGAUUCGGUUUAUUCUAUUUUUACUCAGGCUUCCAUCACAUGUAUGAAAACUUGAUUUGCAUUUAUGUGAAGAGAUAAAACUUUAACGUAGUUAUAUUUGCUAUCAGAACUAUCAUUAUGUUUUUCUUAUCAAUGGUACUAAUUACCUCUAUUAUGGUUGCUUUCUUUCCAUUCCUUGGAAGUGGUCCAUUAUAUGCUUUCAUGAGUGAGUAGAUUUUUAUUAAUACUUGCAAAAAAUAUUGGUGGACUAACCUUCUUUUGAUAAAUAAUUUCUAUCCAUGGAACUUGAGCGAUCAAUGCGGAUUAGCUUUGACUUUCUUUUCAAAUGAUGUGCAAAUGGUACUUACCCUUAUCCCUUUAUACUUGUAUCUAUACAAAAAUACCUACAGAAAAGUCUUUAUUAUAUCAUUCUUGAUUAUUGCUUUUGGCGCUUCCUUUAUACCUACCUUUUAUUACACAUUUACCAAGAAAGUUAAUUCGUUUCCUAAUAUAGACACUAAAAUGGCAUAAGAAAUUUUAUCAAGACUUUUCUAUAGAAUCCCUCUAUUCUUAUGUGGAAUUGCUUUGGCAAUCUUAAAAUUCGAAUAUAAAUAUGUCGAUAAACUGAAUGAUGGCUCGUUUCCAUUUCAUAAGAAAUUCUUGAUCAAUCUCAAGUAGAAGAAAUAUUGCUAUGCCAUUCUCUAUACAGUUGGAUUUUCAUUAAUUCUAUUCCCACUUUUGAUCUAAUUAAGCAAUGUUGCUUGUGUUGAUCAGUCUCCAGUACCAGAUAUGACUUUCAAAGCUUUGAACUAUUGCUGGCCACCACUUGUAUCUGCAUUUUACAAUGUCCUUUGCCAGCCUAUGUUUUUCACGGGAAUUAUUCUUGUUAUUAUUCCUUCGAUGAUCAAUUUAUCUGACAUUUUGAGACCUUUGGUCAGUUCUCACUUAUUUCAAAUUCUUGAAGAGCUCACCUACUCUGCAUAUCUGCUUCAUUUUGUUAUAGUAUCAUGGUACUUUGCAUCUAGAGAAUAGGACAUUAUACUAACAUUGAGCUACUUAUUUUAAAUUGGAAUAGCAUCAGCUAUGUUUUCAUACUUAAUAUCAAUUCCUUUUUAUGUUCUUUGUGAAAGACCAUGUAGAAACUUUAUUGACUUGAUUCUUUUCCCUAAAAAUACGAUAUUCAAAAAGGUAAAGGACGUUGAUGAUGAGGAAACUGAUGAGGAGACUGAGGAUGAUGACAUUAAUGAAGUUAAAAUUGAUACUAACUUCAAUAAAUCUUUAUUUUUAUCAACUCAAGACUAAACAACUUCACCUUCAGAUUUUAGUCUGAAGAGAAAAGCAAGAGAAUCUAAAAGAUCUAGACAAUUUACAAUGAAGCAAGACAAUAAGUGCAGAUUUUGUUAAGGUGAAGAUCGAAACUGCACUUGCAACUGUAUGACAACCAAGAAAAAAUGCGAGUGUGCUAACAAAUCAUCUUUCUAAUCGUAAUCAGUUUAUAAAUCAUCAGGCCUAAAUCAAAGAUUAUAAUCAAAAAAUACUUUAAACUCAGAGGGAAGAUAUUCCAAUACGAAAAGAGAUAAUCCUUAUUAAUUAGUAACAUCUUAAAGUCAACAUUAACUUCUAUCUAAACUUUCAUCCUAGGAGUAUGAUAAGAAAAGAGUAAGCUUUGAUGUUAAUAACCUCAAAUGA